AUGGGUAAGGAUGGGGAUUAUAGUGCAACUAUACUGUGGGAUGAUGUUCGAUCGGUGCAAAACGAGGUCCCUUGGGCGGGUUUAGUCUGGUUCUCUCGGUCUAUCCCUCGCCAGUCGUUUUUUAUGUGGUUACUUGUGAAUAAGAAGUUAAAAACUCAGGAUAUUAUGAGUUUAUGGCAAUCUUUGGGUGAUACCAAUUUCAAUCUCAUGUGCUGCUCGCUCUGUACGUCGGGUCCUGAGUCGCACGACCACUUGUUUUUCGAGUGCCCCUUUGCCGAGCAGGUUUGGGAUGGUGUUAAAGGAAGAGCUGGUAUGGAGAUGGUUCAGAAUAAAUGGGAUAGUAUUUUUGAUCAUUUGUUGCAGGUUUCCAAUUCCAGAAAUGCUAGACACGUUAUUGGGAAGCUAGUUGUCGCUGCUGCUGCUUACUUUGUUUGGCAGGAAAGGAAUCAAAGACUUUUUUCGCCUAAGAGAACCGCGGAUCAGCUUGUGGAGGUAAUCUUAACUACAGUCGGGAUAAAGCUUCACUCGAUGCGCUUUAAAAGAACGACGCAGGUUAAUGCUAUCUUGCUGGAAUGGAGUCUUCCUCAUGGUCUGCUGAUGGAAGAUGAUGAUUGCGGCUAA